CUGGGAGGAGCCGAAAGUGCUUUUUUUCCCAAGAGCUUCUCCAGCUCUGCAGGAGAAGCGAAAGGGAAGGAGGAGGAGAAGAAACGCCUUUGGGGACCAGCCGUAACUUGGACGCCUGAGAAACUCCGUGGAUAAUUUCUCGGCCGAGUGAAGAAACAAAGAGCUUCGGGUGGAGCCCAAUCGGAGCCUAGGAGGAAGAACGACGCGAAGAGCGAAACCAAUAGGAACGGGUCUGGUCCAGGCAUGGAGGAGCCGGUGACUCUAAGCAGCGACUCGGAGCCAGAGGGGGCCCCCAAGAAGCCCUUACCAAAGCGGCGCCGCAUCCUCACCGAGAGCGUCGCCAUCCCGGUCUAUUCGACCCAGGUUGAGAACAGCCUAAAAUUGUUACAAAAUUCUAUGAAGCUUCCUGAUGAAAUCAAAGAGCGUUGUAAGAAUCUUUCCUUUAGCUCAGAAGAAGACGAGGAAGAGGAGAAGCCAGUUCCUUUAAAGCAAUUGAGGCCAAGACCAAGCAGACCGUUUGAUCAGAGUCUCAGAAAUUUGAACAACUCUCUCUCAGCUGCUAAGAAGAGCUUGCAGGAUCAAAGAUUUGAUGAGGAUGAUGUAAUUCUGGUUGAUGCGUUUGAACCCCAGGAGCUUUUGCUGAAAGUCCGAUGCCGAGCUGAUCUCCACAAAGUCUGUAUUCUAAUGACAGAGCCUCUUCGAAGAGUGGUUGACCACAUGGCACAGAUAUUGAAGGUUCAUCCAAACAGAAUCAUCCUUCUGCAUCAUGAUAGUGAACUUUCGGCUGAUGCUACUCCUGCUAAGUUGGACCUUGGUGUUGCUUCCAUCAUCGAUUGUAUAGUGGAGAGCAAUAAGCAGGCUAAUGAAUCUGGAAACCUGUUGCUUCGAGUACAAGGAAAAGACAGAAGUUCUGUGAUGGAUAUUACAGUCCAUAAGGGGGAGCCCUUGGAAACCCUUAUGAACAACUACAAACAAGGUCAAGGUCAAGGCAAAGGCAGACUUGUCUUCUAUUUUGAUGGGCAACGUUUGACAGAAACUCAGACCCCUGAACAAUUGGGGAUGGAAUCUGGUGAUGUUAUCGAAGUGUGGAACUAGCAUCCUUGCCUUUCCAAAGAAUCCAUGUCUGGACUUUAUUAUUAUUUUUAUUAUUAUUUUUUAUUUACUCACUCUAAGUGACUCACCUGAAUUCAGUGUGAUAUUUACCAUUUACCCACAGUAUGAUAUUUUGAUAUUUACACACACUAAGUGACUCAUUGCUUUCUUUGAUUUAAUUUGUCUGAUAUCGCAGUGGGAAAUGGCAGUUUAAUUUGUGGAGAAAAUAAAACACAGGACCCCUUUUACUUUAUUAUUUUAUGUCCUGUACUCAAAAUUUGGAAUAUGUAAUAAAAUUUAAUUUUGUUAUUGGUCAUGUUGCUUGCAGACAAACUUUGUAGAGGAAUAAUGAGAGAUAUUAAGAAAAUACUAUGUUCUUGAUAAUUCUAUGUCAAUAAAUAUUAAUAACACCAUAACA